AAGCACCAAAACAGUAUACUCAUGGCUAAAAAUUUUUCAUAUCCGAUUUUCUGUGUGUUUCCACUGCUGCUUUUGUUUCUUCUAUCCACAACAGCAUCUAGGUCUCACUCCAUUAGAGAAGCAACCGUGCAGGAUCUUCAACUUGCUUUUGAGCAAAAAAGAUUAACCUCUAGGCAGCUAGUUAAGUUCUACCUAAAUGAAAUCAGGAAGCUCAAUCCAUACCUCAGGGGGGUCAUAGAGGUGAACCCAGAUGCCUUGUAUCAAGCUGAUAAAGCUGACAGAGAGCGCAAGGCGAAAGUGCCGGGUUCACUUGUUGGCUUGCAUGGCAUUCCCAUUCUCCUCAAGGAUAACAUUGCAACCAAGGAUAAGAUGAACACUACUGCAGGUUCAUAUGCCCUGCUGGGCUCCAUUGUGCCCCGGGAUGCUGGCGUGGUGGCCAAGUUGAGGAGAGCUGGAGCUAUUAUUCUUGGAAAGGCUAGCUUGAGUGAGUGGGCUCAUUGGAGGAGCAGUAAAGCACCCAGUGGGUGGUGUGGCAGGAGUGGCUAUGGAGUGAAUCCUUAUAAUUUUUCGGCAGAUCCUUGUGGAUCAAGUAGUGGAUCGGCAAUUUCAACAGCAGCAAAUAUGGUAGCAGUAUCACUUGGGACAGAGACUGAUGGCUCCAUCUUAUGCCCGUCCUUUGGUAAUUCUAUUGUUGGUAUCAAACCAACUGUUGGCCUUACUAGCCGAGCAGGAGUCAUCCCUAUCACUCCUAGACAAGAUACUGUUGGGCCAAUGUGUAGAACAGUAGCAGAUGCUGCCUACGUUCUUGACGCGAUUGCUGGCCUUGAUUAUUCUGAUAAGGCAACCAUCGAAGCAUCAAAGUACAUCCCGCGAGGUGGCUACAAACAAUUUCUAAAGCUUGAUGGACUCAAAGGGAAGAGAUUGGGCAUACUCAGGAGUCAAUUUGCUUUUAACGGAGAGCCUGCCCUAGCCAAAACAUAUGAGCACCACUUCAAGACUUUAAGGCAACAAGGUGCAGUUUUGAUAGACAAUCUCGAAGUAGAGCACCAAGAUGUACUCUCAUCAAACUACGAAACGAUUGCAACAAAUGCUGAGUUUAAAUUGGCCUUGAAUUCUUACCUGAAUCAGCUUGUUAAAUCUCCAGUGAGAUCCUUGAAAGAUGUCAUAGCAUUCAAUAACAGAAACCCUGAUUUGGAAAAAGUGAAGGAAUAUGGUCAAGAUCUUCUUCUGGAAGCUGAAGCUACAAAUGGGAUUGGUGAGAAAGAGAGGAAAGCAUUGUUAAAUUUGGAAAAAUACUCAAAAGAUGGAUAUGAGAAGCUGAUACGUAACAACAAGCUAGAUGCAUUGGUGGCGCCUUUGAUAUCUCACUAUAUUGCAUACAAUGGAUAUCCAGGAAUUAAUGUUCCUGCUGGAUAUGAUAAAGAUGGGGUACCCUUUGGAAUCAACUUUGCAGGGCUAAAGGGCUCGGAGCCAACACUGAUUGAAAUUGCAUACAGCUUUGAGCAAGCCACUAAGGUCAGGAGGCCUCCAUUCUAGCUGUCAAGCUAUGAAAUUCUAAUAGCUUAAAAAGUAUUAGUGUUCAACGAUCAAUGAUGCUGGAAAAAUGCUAAAUAGAUUUGCUAUGAAUAAAUUUUGCACCUUAUU